UUAAACAAAGGUUUCCUUGGAAUAUUACACCCUCUUUGUUCCCUAUAAAGGCAGGCAGAACAAUCAAAUACUCACAGAGACCAAGACCCAUCCAGAAACCCCUGCCUUGCCUUCCAAGCUCAUCUGCUCACCUUCAGCAUGAUGGUCUCUUCAACACUUCUCGGUCUGCUACUCAUAGCCGCUACCUUCAGCUCCCAGGUGCUUGCUCAGCCAGCUUUCGUUCCAGCUACCUGCUGUUUUUCUAUGGCUAAGAAGAAGAUCCCCACUCAAAGACUGGAGAGCUACAGAAAUAUCAGCAGCAGCAAAUGCCCCCAGAAAGCUGUAAUUCUCAAGACCAAGUUGGCCAAGGAGAUAUGUGUUGAUCCCAAGGAGAAGUGGGUCCAGGAUGCCAUAAAGUCCCUGGACCAAAAAUCCAGAACUUCAAAGUCAUAAUCACCUUUUCUGAGACCCAACUGGAAUUUUAGAAAUGCUUCAUUAAUUUUUCAAAUAAAUUCAGAUGAUUCCAUUUUCAUUCUAAAAGG